CAUAACAGAACAAGUACACUGUAACAUCAACAGGAUGGUCAUGGUCAAUUCUGCUCUCUGCUGUGGACCCCUCUCCACAAGCAGUAAUGAUAUAUUAUUAUAUGAUCUGUCUAUGUAUUGUGUUAGUGAGUACGACGUCGUUACGUCUUAAUGGAAUUGGGUAGCAAGAGGACCAGUUUCCCCAGAUAUACUGUAUUUAAACAUUUUAUGUGCAAUGCAUAUUUUAUGACCUCGGUAAUAUCCGUACACGUCAAAAUUGCUCUAUUCAUAGACACCAGUCAGCGGAAAAGAACAAAGUAGAGAAAAUGAAAGGUUUGCCAGUGACAGGAAAACAGCUAUGAAAACGCAUUCCAAGCGGACCACGUCUGAGACAAUGAGGGGAGGGACAUAAUUGUAUAUUUUAAAUCUGUAGCCUAAUCUUACCCUAAGAUCAGGAACAUAACAAAGUUCGGUUGUACUUAUUGAGAUGGAGCCGAAGAACGGAGACGCUGUUUGUAUGUUUACUACAAAGCGGAAGACGUCUAGUCCCUCUCCUUCGAGUUUUCGUUUUAUCAGUAGAAGAUUUAGCAGCGAGAUACAGCUGCUGUCCUCAGACCGCGUUGACGGGACAAAUCUCUGAACAUCGCCACUCGAGAAGGAUGUCGACGUUUCAAAGAUCUAUGCGACAAUAAUAUAUCGAUUAUUCUGUCGAAGAUUACGUUGUUUCACAUAGUUGAAUCGCUGGAAAUGGAAACGUGUCCAGUUUGUGAGGUUUUCGAGCUUGCGGUUUAGUAGAGGAGGAUGUGAAACAACUUCAGGAUCCAGCACAUCUGGAGAUGGAAAUCUCUUCAUAACUGUUACAGGCUAUUCGACGCAUUACGCUUGGCAAUAUUGUGAACCAGAAGACAUUUUCCAUUACUAUGGGACAUGAGUGGUGUUCUGACAGAAUUGCCUUUACAAAAGAUCUCCGUAAGGACUUGGAAGUGUGUUGGAAGUGAACUGACUUGUUGCUGCAACGGGAAACCCAGAAAUGGGGAGAGCUACCACACUGAAGGCCCUGCUCUCCACAGCUUGGCUUGUAUGCGUUCUUGCAGAUCAGUUAACAGAUGACUCAUCUACCAAGGAAGGCGCCAAUGACAGGGUGGAGUGUGUGUGUGAAAACCGUCAUGGCUGCACAGACACCUGCUCCGGCUACGUGUGCUUCUUCACUGUGGUUCGUGGCUUUGCGUCCAGAGGCUGCUUCGAGUUGCAGCAGUACGAACAGUGCCGAGCGCGACGCAUCCCAGACUUACACAUCAGCUGCUGCGCCGAGCACUUCUGCAAUGGCAACCUCACCGAGCCCAAAGAACCAGGUCAGGCCCUGGCUGUCUCUCAACAUACUCUUUUAAGCCAAAGUUACACCAAGAACCUCUUAUAUGUGAACCCAGAGGACAGCGCGAUCAUGCUUGUGGCAGUGCCUCUGCUGAUCCUGCUGAUCGUGGCUAUGGCUGUGUGUGCCCUGGUGGUGUGGCUGCGCUCCAGGAGGCCCCACUACAGGCUUACCCACAUGGAGGACCACGACGCCACCAUGCUGAAGGUCCCCGCAGGGGCAGACCCCACCUACGGGGACAUCUUUGAUGAGUUCUGCACCUCAGGCAGUGGGACAGGGCUGCCUUAUCUGGUGCAGAGAACGAUGGCGCGACAGAUUUCCCUUGUGGAGUGUGUUGGUAAAGGGCGUUAUGGAGAGGUGUGGAGAGGCACCUGGAUGGGUGAGAGUGUGGCUGUGAAGAUCUUCUCGUCUCGUGAUGAGCAGUCCUGGUUCCGUGAGACUGAGAUCUACAACACUGUUCAGCUCAGACAUGACAACAUCCUGGGAUUCAUUGCAUCAGACAUGACAUCCAAGAACUCCAGCACGCAACUGUGGCUGAUCACACACUUCCAUGAGCUGGGCUCGCUCUACGACUUCCUGCAGUACAGCAGCCUGGACCCCGAGGGCUGCCUGCGGAUGUGCCUGUCUGUGGCCAGCGGCCUAGUGCACCUUCACACGGAGAUCCUCAGCACGCAGGGCAAGCCCGCCAUCGCCCACCGCGACCUCAAGAGCCGCAACAUCCUGGUGAGGAGGAACGGCCAGUGCUGCAUCGCCGACCUGGGCCUGGGCGUCAUCCACUCUCAGAGCAAUGACUACCUGGACGUGGGGACCAACCCCCGCGUGGGCACCAAGCGUUACAUGGCGCCGGAGGUCCUGGACGAGAGCAUCCGCGUGGACGUCUUCGAAUCCUACAAGCAGACGGACAUUUGGGCCCUCGGCCUGGUGCUCUGGGAGAUCAGCCGCCGAACUGUCGUAAACGGAAUCGUGGAGGACUACCGUCCACCCUUCUUUGACAUGGUGCCGUCGGAUCCCAGCUUUGAGGACAUGAGGAAAGUUGUGUGUGUGGAUCAGCACAGGCCUAGUCUGCACAACAGGCUGUAUUCCCAUCCGAUCCUGUCCAGCAUAGCGAAGGUCAUGAAGGAGUGCUGGUUCCAGAGCCCCCCGGCGCGUCUGACUGCCCUCCGCGUGCGCAAGACCCUCUCCAAGCUGGACCAGGACACGGACCAGAGCAUCGACAAGCUCAAACAGGACGUCUGAGCCACCAGACGUCCCGCCAACAACCCACAGGGGAGAUACAGGAGUCGACCCAAGGAUGGAAAUCAACUUUUCUUUUUUAUAUAUAUCUGCUGUUUCCUAGGCAAGAGCCGCAGUGUUUUGCUCUUCCUUGAGAUGGCCUUCCCUAAUGUGCCUUUUGAGACGGUUCUCUGUUCCAGCCCAUGACAUCACUGUCCAGUCCCGUGUUUUUAUUGCUGAGGCAGCCUCUCAAGAUGUCCUGCCAUAUACAGUGAUUGGCCACCGGUUUUUGGACUGAACGGAGAUUGACUCCAGCCCUGCUGGUGCUUUUCCCCACAUGUUGUGUUUUCUUUUUUCUUUUUUUUUUGUACAGGAAUGUAAUCCAGGAUUUAGUGGCUGUGUCGUAAAAGCCAGUCAUGCAAAGCGAGCAGGCGACGGGAACAGACACUGGCCACUAAGAAGGGAAGAGUGAAUGCACCUCGGAGCUGAGUUUCAGUCGCUGCUGUUUCUUGUUGUCCUCCUCAUUUUUCAAAGCUUUUGUUUUGCCAGGAUGUGCGUGUCGUUCUGGCUUCCCUCAAACGUUUCCGCAAAUUCCUUAAGGAUUUUCCUGUCAUUCCUGAUGGAGGUAUUUCGUUCCAAAUAGCUGAGCCGGGUGGGAGCCUGAUUCCCGUUCAGCGUCGGUGUGUUUAUUUGGAUGGACGGAGAUGUAUUGAUUAGACUGUUCCAGGAAGGCCACUGCAUCAACCACAUGCACGAUCCUCCGUUUCCUUUAAGACACCACUGCCGUUGUUACUUCAACACGAUUGGUCACUUUUGUCAAUUGUGAUCAAAUCAGUAUCUUCAGCUCUUAAGCAUGCCUUGAUAUUUAAUAUACUUUUGUAUGAUAUGCAUUUUUAUUGGCAAGAAUUUUGUAAUCAUCAUUUCAAAGACGAACAUACUAUUUUUCGAGUAUAAAACAUCAUCUAAUCUAUAACUGGACAAAUUGAAAUAUCUCAAAUGGUAAUAAAGAAACACUAUGAUCCAAUGCUCGUUUAGGUGUGUAGGUGGUCAUUGACCUGCAGAUUGGUUGACUGAGAAAUGUAAUCCUGUCCUGAAUUAUUUUAUAGUCAAUAGUUUACCAACUGGAUUUGUUGUCCACAAGGGGGCACCAAACUAUACGUUGUCUGCUCCAAGGUGGCCAAACCUCUCAUUACUGCUUGUAUCCUUUUAACACUCAUGGUGACCUUGCAUCACACAGAUUGUUCUGAAAGAAAUAUUUCCAGCAAUUAACCAAAGAAAUCUUGUGCCAUCAUCAUGUACAAACUUAUACAAAUAUGGAUCUCCUGCUAUUUUGACAGCAGUCUGUGAAGAAGAUGGUUUAGUUGUGGCUGUCUAAAGACGUGGCAGUAAUCUUAUAUCUGAUAUCUGAAGGGAGCUACCAGCAGAUAAUUCACUGCAGUGGAACAGGAUUUCACAGACACAAAACACUGCAUAUCUAUCAUUAUCACGUUUCAUUCAGACCUAUAUUUGUGUCUGUGAAAGAAGAUCUCACACAUAACUCUUAUGCCCAUUCCUUUACAUUCAAUAUCAUUAAAACAAUGACCAUUACUAAAUAAAAAUGUUGAUGAAGACGAAAA